UCAGAUCUUUAAAUAGGCUGCUAUUUUGAUGCAAAAGCACAACAGCAGCUCCUCAAGCGUUAGGGGCUAGAUUUGAUACAGGGAUCCGAUUCUCUCACAACACAGGAUGAGCUGCUGUGAGUGCAUCAAAGUUCUGUUAAAGGAAAGUGACUGCACACUUGCUUGGAAAUAAUCUUAAAGAGUCAGGAAAGCUGUUUUUGCCUGAGAGGACCACUUGAAUCCAGCACUGGAAAAGGGAUGUCUUAUACAUCCAAACUUCCUGCAUCCUGGAAUGACAGACCCACUCCUAGGAAGGUGGAAAUUGACCUUAGUUCCCCUGGUUUGGCUGUGUUUGAGCUGGAACGACUCUUGUUUACUGGCAAAGCCAUCAUGAGCCAUGCCGAUGAAGUGUGGCCAAGGAUCUACGUUGGUGAUCAACACAGUGCAGAGAACCGGAAUGAUCUGUCCAAGCAUGGAAUCACUCAUAUCCUGAAUGCAGCUCACAGUAAAUGUCGAGGAUGUCCUGAGAUCUACCAGGGAUUAAAUAUUACCUAUAUGGGCAUAGAGGCUCAUGAUUCAUGUGGCUUUGACAUGAGCGUGAACUUCCAGGCAGCUGCAGAUUUUAUCCACAUGGCUCUUAGCAGGGGAGGCAAAGUACUGGUACAUUGCCAUGUAGGAGUGAGCCGUUCUGCCACCUUGGUCCUUGCAUACUUAAUGCUGAAGCAAAGGCUCACCCUUGUGGAGGCAAUUUGUGCUGUGAAAGAGAACAGGGGGGUCAUACCAAACCGUGGUUUCCUCCGACAACUUAUCCAUCUAGAUGGGCAACUUUUUGGCAAACAUUGCUGAAGCCAGACUAAUACUAAAGCGUUCCCCUCACAUUUCAGCAACAAUUUUUCUUACAAUACCUCCUCAAGGGACAAUAUUGUACAAACGAAACUUAGAUAUAGUACUUUAGAGGAGUCAGCAUAACAUGUAUAGAAGUAUGUUAAGUAUAGUACAAUGCACUGAAAAUGACUCAACACUGUUUUUAUUGCCUAAAUAGCUGGAAACACAAGUGAAUAAGAAGAUAAUUGUCUUACAAUCAAAUGUGGUGGUGGUGUCAUGGUCUCUGGCUGCAUGAGUAAUUCCAGCACCAGGGAGUUGCGGUUCAUUGGGGAAAACAUGAAUUCCAGCAUGUACCUACUGUGACAUUCUGAAGCAGUUUCCUUUGGGAAACGAGGCCGCACGACAGUUUCCAACACAUAAGAAGCCCAGACACACCUCCAAGAUGACAAGUUUACAGAGGAAGGUGAAGGUAAUGGAGUGGCCAAGUGUCUCCUCCGGGCCUGAACACAACUGAGCACCUGUGGGACAUCCUUUUCCUGCAAUGCUUCCGAACAUUCAAGACAAGGCACAUAUUUUACCUAUAAAAAAAAAUCUCAAGGCCCACCACCAAAACUGCCAUAAUUUAUUCUGUUGUAUGAAUGGCAACAGGUGGAUACAAAGGUUACUUUCUACAUUAUGCCAUCUAGUUAAAGAGCAUUUUAUAGUUCUGCUUGUCACUAUGCGUCCCUGGCAAAGAUAAAUGAACAAAAAUACACUGUUUUGGUUUUUGGCUUUUUCACACACACACACACACACACUUUGAUUUGGGUUAGUUUUUACAUUGAAUGUCCUCCCAUUUAUCUGGGAGAUAGAUGUCAUUACUACGGGUGUAACGGUUCACAUAAAUGUAUUGAACCAUUUCGGUUCUGCAUGUUCGGUUCGGUCCACUUACGUACCGUUUCGGUUAUAUUUUAUGCUAUUUUUCUCAUAAAGU